AUGUCCUCAAACGUCAAUCCUUACCAGUCAAUUGAUCCGCAGUUGGUCCUGGAGCCUAUUGUACAACAUCUAUCCAGUCAGCCCGAUGUGUUCGGUGUUGUGUAUAGACGACCAGGGACAGCGGACUACACGCUAUCAGACAUGUUCUACCUACCUGAGCAAGCGACCUGGAGCAUCUACAAGUUGCCCGGUAUUCUCCUUGACAUACGUCCUCCCGAGGAACAUCGCAUUCAAAUGACACUGCCGGUUUUAAAGUCUUCUUACAAGAUAUACGGGAAACAUGUCAACGACUUUGAGGCGAUCCUGCCGCGACAAAUAUCUUCCAAUGUGGAAGGCUGGCGCCUUGAAGCGUGGUUUCGUCUCGAUCCUCGUAUCACUAGCGGGGACAUCAUUGACCGAGUCCAUCCUCACUAUCGAGGGCGCAUCUCUGACCUUCAAAUUCGUUACCGUCGCAAGGAAUUCCGGCAGGAGUUUAACUUACCCUGCUGGGAAGCAGGUCCGGAGAGCCAUGACAACGACAGCAUAACCGAACUUCUCGAAGAAUACGGCUCUGAAUUCCAUUCUCAUGACCAAAAGGACGGCGCUGAUCUGGUUCCCGUCAGUCCGCAGGGGGGCAUUGCGCUGCAGGAGACUCAUGCCGCUGGGUUCGACUCGUCCGAUUCUGUGGCUUACUGGGUCUAUGAGGCGUUCCCGUGGGACAACGUGUUCUGGUUCUCUGUAGGACCGGUUCGGUUUAUAAUUGACGUGAAUGGAAAGGUGGUGUCCUCUCAUGCUUCUUACGAGUCCGUGACUUCUCGUGGGCUUUACAAUGGAAUCAUCCAUCCAAUUCAUAAUUCAAACACCUCGAUUACUUCCCAGCCAGCUGAGCCUGAUCAACUUCCUGAAGACGCCCCUCGCCUAGCUAAUAAACUAUUUUUACCUCAAAAUAGUGUUGCGACAGCUCAACCGGCAGUUUAUCACCUUGCUUCAGCCGCCGUUGAGCCUCAACCCCGUGAGCUAGCUGUGCCACACCCACGGAAACGAGCAGCUACUGGUGCUGCCGAGAGUACUCCGAAGAGAAUCAGCAUCGCAGAUAUCAUCGAAACCAAUGGCCUACCCACCCCGACUUGUUCUGUCGAGACAACUUAUCACGAUGAGCGUGGCGUGGCGUCUUUCCCAAGAAUUGCCUUUGAAGAAAACAUGCCGGCGCAAGGCUUUUUCAACCCCUUUCCUCCUUCCCCUGGUCAUGGUCAGAUCUUCACUCACCAGAGCAACAAUUACCAGGGCUGGGAGGCACCCACUGGAUGGGAAAACACUGGCUACACAUACUACGACCCGUUCUGGUUUCCCAGAGCCACAUAG